GAAAACAAAGCAAGUAGUCGGUCGUUCCAACGACACCUCCAAUCUUCUUCUUCGUCUUCUCCAACGACCCAAACAAAUUUCCAAAACCCAAAUCUCCGUGGAAGGGUCGCCAUUGCUGACUCUUCUCAAUCCCAAAUUUCUCAGAUCCAAAUCCUCCAGAUUCCAAACAUGUCCAAGCUCCUCUUCUUCCUCCUCACUCUCUUCGCCGCCGCCGUCUCUCCCUCCUCCGCCGAGAUCCGCACCUCGUCCCUCCGCAACGACUGGCGUCCGAUCAUCCCCUUCGACGAGUUCGGCUUCACACACAAAGGCCGCCUCGAGCUCAACGUCUCCAAGAUCGCCUUCUCCCAGCAACCCGGCCCGGAUCCGGAUCUCUCCCGGGUCGGAUUCUUCCUCUGCACCCGCGACUCAUGGAUCCACGUCUUCCAGCAGCUCGAGGAAGGCGAGAUCGGCUGCGCGCUCAAGUCCGAUCUCGUCAAGCGCGUGUACACCUUCGACCAGCUCAAAGGCGCCGAUCGAUUCUCCACCGUGUUCCAGGAGACCGACGCCGAUCAGUACACUCUCCUCUUCGCCAACUGCCUAGCCCCGCUUAGGGUUUCGAUGGAGGUGAAGUCCGUCAUGUACAAUCUCGAAGGGAAGAGCAGCGAUCGCCGCGAUUAUCUCUCCGCCGGUAAAACUAUUCUCCCGAGAAUUUACUUCGUUUUCUCGCUGGCUUAUAUUGUUCUCGUCGGGCUCUGGAUCUCCGUGCUCUACAAGAAACGACUCACCGUUUUCCGGAUUCAUUUCUUCAUGCUUGCCGUGUUGGUUCUCAAGACUCUGAACCUGCUCUGUGAGGCUGAGGAUAAGUCGUAUAUUAAACGCACCGGUUCGGCGCACGGCUGGGAUGUGUUGUUCUACAUCUUCAGCUUCUUGAAGGGGAUCACACUGUUUACUCUCAUUGUGUUGAUUGGGACCGGGUGGUCGUUCUUGAAGCCGUUCCUGGCGGAUAAGGAGAAGAAGGUUUUGAUGAUUGUGAUUCCGCUACAGGUGGUUGCCAACAUUGCGCAGGUUGUGAUCGAUGAGACCGGGCCGUUUGGGCAUGACUGGGUUACUUGGAAGCAGGUUUUCUUGCUUGUGGAUGUGGUGUGUUGCUGCGCGGUGUUGUUUCCGAUUGUGUGGUCUAUCAAGAACUUGCGCGAGGCUGCGAGGACUGAUGGGAAGGCUGCUGUGAACUUGAUGAAGCUGACUCUGUUCAGGCAGUACUACAUUGUGGUUAUAUGCUACAUUUACUUUACGAGGGUUGUUGUUUAUGCAUUGGAGACUAUUACCUCGUACCGGUACCUUUGGACCAGUGUCGUGGCUGCUGAGUUGGCUACUCUGGCGUUUUAUGUGUUUACGGGGUACAAGUUCAAGCCAGAGGCGCACAAUCCUUACUUUGUGAUCGAUGAUGAGGAGGAAGAGGCUGCAGCUGAGCAGCUGAAGCUUGAAGAUGAGUUCGAAUUGUGAUUUAGUGUAGAAGAUGGCGCUGAAGGAUGAGGGAAAAAUGCUCGUGUUCUGUUCCUUUUUGUUGCACUUUUGGUGGGGCCGUGGGGCUAUAUUUUCUGUACUGAACAUUGAAACAGUUUUUGACAUGCUGUGUAACUUAACAGUAACUCGAAAAUUGCUGGGUUUUGAGAUGGCUAUAGCACUAAAAUUACUGUGCAACUU